CGCGUCACUAAUUUUCCACGUCAGGUUUGGCGUAUUUUUUUUGCGCCCAUUAAAACAUAUGGAAGAAAAUGCGCGUCCACUUGGAAAUAGUGAUUCUGAUGCUGCUGGUGAUCCUUUUGGACCAGCAGAGUUGCCAGGUGUUGGCCACUGGCUCUGCCGAGGAGGAACAGGGCGUUCGUUAUGCCAAUCGUUGCGAAGCUUGCAAAAUUUUGGCCGCCGAACUGGAAGACCGACUCAGUGAGACCGGCAAAUCGCAUGAUGUGAUCGAAAUUGGCUAUUCGGUGGACGAUGUGCGUCCCAAGAAACGCACUGAGUACAGGCGGAGUGAGCUCCGUCUCCUGGAAUCAUUGGAGAAUGUGUGCGAACGUGUCUUGGCGUAUAAUCUGCAUAAGGAGCGUUCCGAUAGCACCAGAUUUGCCAAGGGCAUGUCACAGACAUUCCAAACCCUUCACGGUCUCGUGGACAAGGGAGUUAAAGUGGAUUUGGGCAUUCCGUACGAGCUAUGGGAUAAGCCUCCCGUCGAGGUGACUCAAAUGAAAACCCAAUGCGAGAAUAUGCUCGAGGAAUACGAGGACACCAUUAGCGAUUGGUAUUUCCAGCUGCAGGAGAACAAAUCCCUUCAGCAACAUUUAUGCGAGGACAAUGUGCUUAAGAUCGAAGCGGAGCGACAAUGUCUCCAAGAAAAACUGCCAGCAUUGGCCUCAAAAAAGACCAAGAAUCAAAAAUCCAAAGGCGACAAAGAAGAAUUAUAAGCCGCCGCGUCAUUCAAAGUGAAAUUAGUUAGAUUAUAUGUAUAUUUAGAGAGCCUACGAAAGUGUUUGCUUAAAUUUAAGUAGAAAAAAACUUACUGAAAAUAUUGUUUUUAAUAUAUACGAGUAUUAAUAUAAGAGAAGUGAAAGAAAAGCCUUCCAAAUCGACUGAAUUCUAAACCGCAACUGAACAAAAGUUUGUUGGCUUAUUGAUUUUUACUCGAUUGGGGUCAACAAUUAAUAAAUAAUUAAGCCAAAUAGUUGUAGAUUAGAUGGAGGCAAAAACUCGCUCCACCAGAGAUAAAUAGCUUUAAGACCCAGUUACAAUAUUUUUGGAAAGUAAGAUGAGAUGAUCUCGAGCAUUAAAUAAAAAAGCAAAGUUUUAAACAACAA